ACUUCCUCACCGGCCACACCUGCCUCCGCUAUUGCUAGGCUACCAUGUAGAUUGCAUUUAAAUGCUCCAUUUCAAUCGAAAGGUCACCCAGUCAUGGUUCCCUUUUCCUUUUUCUUGUUUCCAAAGGAGCGAGGAUAUGCCGUAUGGGGGUUAUUGAAUCUUGCUUCUUGAACGUUGCGUAUUCUAACUAUAAACUGCCAGUCUUUCUGUAAGCGCAAGAAAUGGUGCAGCCUGAAGCAAACAUCCCAUUUUUAGAUAAUGGCAGGACGAGUGAUGCUCCUCUAUCGGUGCAGAGGACGCUGGUAGAGUCAAAGAAGCUCUGGCGAUCCGCCGGACCGGCUGUAUUCAGCAGGCUAGCGAUGUAUGGGAUGAACGUGGUCACUCAGGCCUUUGUCGGUCACCUGGGCGAUCUGGAGCUCGCCGCUAUCUCUAUCGCCAACACUGUAAUCGUGGGGCUCAAUCUGGGGUUGAUGUUGGGGAUGGCAAGUGGAUUACAGACACUCUGUGGCCAAGCAUUUGGCGCUGAAAGACAUUACAUGCUUGGGAUCUAUCUGCAGCGUUCUUUCAUUGUGAUGUUCAUGUAUGCCGUCCUCAUGUUACCACUUUAUAUCUUCGCGACUCCAAUCCUAAAGCUUGUUGGACAAACAGAUGCUAUCGCAGAGCUUGCUGGUUCCUUGGCUCUUUGGUUCAUCCCUCAACAAUUUGCCUUUGUUUUCUUGUUCCCAUUGCAGAGAUUCCUACAGUGCCAAUUGAAAAAUAUCAUCAUUGUUUGGGUUACUGCCAUUGCUUUCACAGUACACUGUGUCUUGAGCUGGCUUCUCAUUUACCAUCUAAACUUUGGGCUUGUUGGAGCAGCUGUUAGCCUUAAUAUUGGGUGGUGGUUACCGGCUAUUGGACUAUUUCUAUACAUGGUUUUUGGUGGCUGCCCUCAAACUUGGACUGGUUUUUCAAGAGAAGCAACUAAAGGCCUUCGGGAAUAUGGGAAACUAUCUACUGCUUCUGGCGUCAUGAUAUGUUUGGAGAACUGGUAUUACAGAAUCUUGGUUAUAUUGGCUGGCAACCUAAAGAACGCGGAAAUUGCAAUAGAUGCCCUUUCCAUAUGCAUGAAUAUCAACAGUUGGGAAAUGAUGAUUCAUCUAGCAUUCCUGGCAGCAACCGGAGUUAGAGUGAGCAAUGAACUUGGAGCAGGCAAUGCCAGAGGGGCAAAGUUUGCGAGCAUCGUCUCAGUGGCAACGUCAGCAGCAAUAGGACUCUUCUUCUGGAUUCUCAUCAUAACCCUGCACAACGAAUUUGCACUUCUAUUUACCUCAAGCACCGCCGUCAUCCAUGCUGUAUCAAAUCUGGCCAUAUUGCUUGCCUUCACCAUUCUUCUCAACAGCGUUCAACCAGUUCUUUCUGGUGUGGCAGUGGGUUCGGGAUGGCAGGCUUUUGUGGCCUACAUAAAUAUAGGUUGCUACUACUUUGUUGGUCUUCCUGUUGGUGCGGCACUUUGCUGGGUUUUCGAUCAUGGUGUGCUGGGGCUUUGGAGUGGAAUGAUUGGAGGGACUGUUGUCCAGACAUUAAUACUGACAACCCUCGUGAUCCGUUGUGAUUGGGAGAAGGAGGCCCAAAAAGCGAAAGACCGGGUCGUUAAAUGGGGUGCUUCAUGUCCGGCGCAGGAACCAGCAGAUUUUCGCAGAGACGAAACCAAUUACUCCAACCCAUGAUAGGUUUCGAUUAUAUUCUUGCCUCCAUCGGGAUAUUAAGACUUUUCUUUAAGAACUAAUGGUUUGUUUUCUUGCACAUGUAGAAUAAAAUUGUUAAUCAAAACA